UCUCGAAUUAAGCUGACCCAAACUCUGGUCCGAUGCAUGACAGAAUAAUCACGGAUCACUUGCCUCGUGGAGGCCCCUAUACUGUGUUAUAAGCAUGGCAGCUGCCAAAGUUUGGUAUCCCAUCUUCCGUGCCAGUUGUAAGAAUGACUGACAUGGCGCAAGCUACUUUGUUGCAACUGGCGCCAGAGGUCCUUUUGGAAAUACUAUCUCAUCUUGACUGUGUCUCGCUCCUUCGAUGCUGUGAGACAUGUCAACACCUUCGGAACCUCAUUGAAAACUCGGGCCAGCUGCAGUAUCACAUUGCACUGUAUCGAGCUUCGUAUGAACGUUCUGCUGAUCCAAGAGCUCUGGCACGCACAGGGAUCGCACCAAUCCUUGAGCACCUACGUUCACACAUCAACCGAUGGAACAGGCUCGAUUGGUCCGAGUCCCAUUUCCCUAUUCCCUCCAUCAGAGGCAACUGGGAUUUCGCGAGCGGAGUCUUGACCAUUUCGACGGGCCCAAACAGCCUGUGGACUUGCCAACUCCCUUCUUUGUCUCGUAAUGACCAGUGCCGCAGCAAGGUCUUAUGGACAGAAUUCCCCGUUGAAGCCUUCACUACCGACCCUAACGCUGACUUGAUUGUGUACUUUGAGUUGCACCGUUAUGAUGGCGUUGAUUAUAGCGCUCCAGGAUCUGACCAUCCCUACCGGGGCCGUCUCCAUAUUCGGUCUUUGGAAUCCAACAGCCUAAACUCUUACUCAACCAUAUCAUUAUUGGAGACGGCGUUCCCAGUGUUCAGGGCUCAAUACCAGUUAAGGAUAUUUGGCGACAAGCUUGGAUUGUUAUGCCAACAUGGGGCGGGCUCGUGGCUGACUAUCUGGUCAUGGCGCUCUGGAAUGAUAGAGGCGCACGCUGCAUUGGACGCCCCCAUGGCUUCCUUCUGCUUUGUUACACCUUCCACAUUACUGACAGCCUGCUACCUCCCGUGGGACGAUGGUGCACAAGAGUAUCAGGUGGGACUGCGUCUGUGUGGAAUCCAUAGUAACACAAGAGGACUUCGACCGAUGGCCACGUUUCUGCUGCCACAACUUCAUGCCGAUAUCUUAAGUGGCAUCGUCAUUCAACCUUCUCGUAGCCCAGACAUGCGCAGCAAACCUUUUUUCCCCUCCUCCCGGUCCAGCUUGAUCCAAAUACUUUGGACAACAGAAGGGGAGGCCUCUUCUGAUAGUGACGAUUCCAGCAGUUCCGGUCCUAUCGCUCGAAACUUUGACAUAUUCAUGCACUCAGGGACGCUUCUUCACUUGGCAUACGAAUAUGCGGGGCAUGCGAUGCCAAUACCCUGGCACCAUUGGGGACCAAUGAGCACUCGACUGCAGGCGAAUGCAAACAAUGCACUUUCACUCAGACAGAAACGCUUCUUUUCGGGAAAUAGAUUCGUUCGGAGAUACAGAAAUAUGCCAUCCAUUAUUUCUGUCCUCGAUUUUAGUCCAGGGAGAUGGACUUGGGACGACAACUUAGGCCGUCGACGCAGCAGCGAGGGUCUUGUGCAGGGUGGUUCACAGAUUAUCGUCGAUCGCAGCUCACCUACAGUAAUCAGUUGUCCGGAGCUAUUUCAAGAUGAUACCGUCAUGAGUAGUCUUCCAUACUCCCGGGUUCACCGUGACGUUGGGUUUCCACUUCGUGGGGACCUCGAGGAUGUGAUUAUUUGUGAUGAUGAACGAAUCAUACUCAUUGAAUCAUUUGCAGGUGCUAGUUCAGGCAGACUCGUUCUCCUGUCGAUGUGACCUGCUUGGAACGUCGUUGCUCUCAAUAAGGCCCAGUAUGCGUGCCCCAAAUCCCAGAAAUGCAAUUCAAAUAGAUUCCUUGAUUUAACGCCUAUAUUCUGCAGUUCUGUAACCAUCACUCAUACAAUUUCCCUUCCGAAUUCGAUGGGCGUUGGGGCCUGACAGUUGGGGGGUCCCUCAAACCGCCUUUGUACUUGCAAAUUAAUGACAACGCUAGUGAUGUGUGAUCGCGGCGCGUUGUUUUGCGCCAACAUAAG